CAGGAACCCUCGUUUCAUGCCUUGCUCCAAAAGCAAGCCGUUUAGGGCGAGGGAAAGGCUGCUGGCCCUGGAGGAAGGAGCUGAGCUCCAUUCUGCCUCAGCUGUCAGCCAGGCUCUGCGAGGGAUGAGUAGGCAUUUCCCUGUGAGGGUGCUGGGGAGCCUGGUGAGAAGGUGAUUGUGUCACAUCUUGUGUCCUGACGCCUUCUGUGACACCGGUACUAGAAAACCUGCAAGCGACACUCGCAUGACACACGUCUCUGCUGUUAUAGUACUGGAACUUCCCAAAGAGCUGUCGGAGAUGUUUGAUCCAACAAGAGAAUGUAUGAACUCUGAGCUGCUGGAAGAGCUGAUGUCGUCCGAAGUGUUUGCUCCCUUGCUCCGCCUCUCCCCUCCACCUGGAGAUCACGACUACAUCUAUAACCUGGAUGAGAGUGAAGGCGUCUGUGACCUCUUUGACGUGCCUGUCCUCAACCUCUGACUUCUCAGUGCAGCUGCGAGCCUCGCAAACACAGACCGUUUUGUAACUCUUUGGAAAGUGUCUAUUUUUGGAUUCCUUUUGUGUUAGAGCUCAAUGAGCGAGCGAUUCAGAGAUGCUCUCCUAUGGACUCAGAACCAAGAGAUGUGGACUUGCAGGCCGGGAGCCUCCCCGUAGCUUCUUCCUCUUCCUCUGUUGCACGUGCAACUCGCCCUGCCUCAUCUCUCUCUCCACUGGAUCCUGGGCCUCACUUCAAAGGGUCUGUGUUUUGAGUGUUCCCAGUUCACCCGCAGAGUUUGUCCAUGUGCCUCUCUGAGCUUCCUCAAAUCUGCAUGCCUUGGUUUUUCCUGCACUCCUAGAGGCACUUUGCACCUCCUAGGUACCAGCUGCUACAAGGAGCCCUCAAUAUCAUGGUCGGUUCGCAAGCCCGGAGGUAGUUAGCUAGAUGUUUCAAUGCAAGCAGUUCAGAUUGGGGCAGUUAUAUCUCUGAAUGACAAUGGGGUGGGGGGUGGGGGGGAAAUAUGGCACCAAAGUGUCCAUUUCUUCCAGUGACCCCAGACCAAGCUGGUAUGUUUUACAAGAAAAAGCACUUUUUUUUAGCCAGCUGUGCCUCCUAGUGGGACUUGGGAAUCGAGCAUUCCUAGUAGGACCCAGGAGCUGUCUUUCCCUGCUUGUGCAUCGGCAGGGAUGCUGGUUCUGCGUUCACCACUCUGUUGGUGUGUGAGCCCAGGGGCUCCAGCUCCUUGUACAGCAGCUGUGCUGUUUCUACAGGGCUAAAGAAUAGGUGCCAGUAUGGGGUUUUUUUUUAAUUUGUAUUUGUUUUUUGCCUGAGUGAAGAGAUGUUAGAAAGGAUAAGACUGCUCCAGCUGGUGCCUGUAAGGUACUCCAGGUACAUCAGAGCCUGCUCAUAUUUGCAAGUAAGCUGUCUUCUCCAACCAUUGCACUUGAGCCUUCAACUGUCUGAAAGGCGACCAAGCAGUAACAAUUCAGUAGUAGUUUGCCGUGACAAGUUAUGUAGGUGGUGUCGAAAUAGUGCUUUUCUCCCCCCUUUUUCUCUCAUAGCGUCUGCUCAGGAUCAGUCUUUUGUGUAUUUGAAUUUGCUUCUCUCGGUGUCCAUACCCAUGCUCCCAAUCCUGAUCCUGUGGGCAGGUCGCUACCCAGCGUGAUGCUUUCUCUGCAUCAUUUUUCCACAAGAUUUUCUUCAUUGCUUUGUAAUGGAAGGUCUGCUGUUAGGUUCGUUAUGGUGAUCAGGUGGUACCAGUCUGGGACCCUGGUGCAUUUUAGUUGGAGUAAAAACGCCCUGAUGGAUUUGUGCUGUAUUUUGCAAGCCCGAACUUUGGUUUUCGGUCAGAUCCUGUAUUUGAGUGUCUUCAGUUUUUGCACAUCCUCCUGCCAACGUGGUGAUGGCAGUUGUCCUGCCUUUCCUGCUCCGCAAGCUGCCAAAGAGGGGGCCAGGCCAGGAGCGUGGCUGGCUGGAGCAGAGAGGUGGCUUGCAGCCAUCCACAUAACCAGCUGAUGUUUGAGUCCUCCACUUAACUGCUCAACGCCUGCGACGCACGCAACCCGCUGGAACACCGGCAAUAAGGCAUGUAAAAUCUUCAAUUCUUGGAGCCCACAGAGGUGGGAAGUCCCGCAUCCCCGAGGUGGCUCCUCGGGCCAUCCUGUUCUGUGCAGGACUCCUCCAGAAGAGCUGCUCCUCUCCGCAGCCCCGAAGCACUGGCAUCUUCUUUGGGACAAACAUGGAGAAGUCAGGAGGAACACGGGGACGCUCUCUAGUUUGGCAGCGGGCACCUGCUGGUGGCGAGGGACCCUGCGGGGGGUGAACUUCCAGCCCGCAUGCAGCCAGUCCCUCCACCAUCCCUCCUUGGCAUGGAAGCUGACCCAGCACCCUCGGUCCUGUGCGCGCGUUAGCUAGGCUCCGUGGCUUUGGUGUAGCUUGAGCUCCCUGUGUACUGCCUGGCCCUCGCCCUCCUUCCAAGUGUUCGUGAUCACCACCGGUUAGACAACCUUUGGAAAAGGAUACCUAGAGAAAAACCUUACAGUCACAAAUGAACUUUUGAUUCAUAUAUAAAGAUUAUUUUUAUACUUUUUUUGCAAGGAAAGAAAAUUGCCUGUAAUAUUUG